AUGACAGUCACCGGAGACGUCUCCCUUCGCGGGCCAUCCAACACCAACCUCGCCCUCGAGGACCGCUUCGAGGUGCUCAAGGAGAUUGGCGAUGGCAGCUUUGGAAAUGUCGUACUUGCCCGUGUUCGCACAGCUGGCGCGAGCGUUGCCCGCCGAGGCACCGUUGUUGCCAUCAAAUCCAUGAAGAAGACCUUCGACUCGUUUCAAGCAUGUCUCGAGCUCCGAGAAGUCGUCUUCAUGCGCAAUCUCCCCGCCGACCCCCAUCUCGUUCCCGCCCUCGACAUCUUCCUCGAUCCUUACACAAAGAAGCUGCACAUCUGCAUGGAGUACAUGGAGGGCAACCUGUACCAGCUGAUGAAGGCUCGUGACCACAAGUACCUCGACAACUCGAGCGUCAAGAGCAUCCUCUUCCAGAUCAUGCGCGGUCUGGAGCACAUCCACUCGAACCAAUUCUUCCACCGCGACAUCAAGCCCGAGAACAUCCUCGUGUCGACGUCAUCACAGAACGAACCCUCGACCGCCUUCCGCCGAUACUCCGCCCUCGUCACGCCCCCCUCCACCCCGCCCACCUACACCGUCAAGAUUGCCGACUUUGGUCUGGCACGAGAGACGCACUCCAAGCUUCCCUACACAACCUACGUCUCGACGAGGUGGUACCGCGCCCCCGAAGUUCUGCUCCGCGCCGGCGAGUACUCUGCUCCCGUCGAUAUCUGGGCUAUCGGUGCCAUGGCCGUCGAGGUCGCCACCCUGAAGCCCCUGUUCCCCGGCGGCAAUGAGGUCGACCAGGUCUGGAGGAUCUGCGAGAUCAUGGGCAGUCCCGGAAACUGGUACAACAAGGCUGGCUCGCGCGUCGGCGGAGGUGAUUGGCGUGAGGGUACUCGCCUGGCUGGCAAGCUGGGCUUCUCCUUCCCCAAAAUGGCCCCUCACUCCAUGGACACCAUCCUGCAGUCGCCCCAGUGGCCGUCCGGUCUGUCGCAGUUUGUCACCUGGUGCCUCAUGUGGGACCCGAAGAGCCGGCCCACGUCGUCGCAGGCUCUUGCUCACGAGUACUUCGUCGAUGCCGUCGACCCUCUGCGUCCCCGCACCGCUUCCAAGACUCUUGGCCGCAAGCAGUCGGAGAUCGGCCGUAGCUCGACCCCUACCCCCUCUGUGUCGUCGAGCAAGCCUUCGUGGUUCCGCAAGUCCCUCAUCGGCCGCAGCGAGGCUCCCGAGCCCGUCGCCGCUCACGGCAGCCCAUCCAAGGACGCCGUCGCCAGGCCCGCCCCCAUCCCGUCCACGACCACCGAGGUCUCGGCUGGCGCGUCGAAGGCCGGGGCCGGCAAGCGCAGCACAUGGGCCAAUGGCUCCACCAACAUGGCUCCGAUGCCCAUACUCCCCUCUAUCCGACCCAUCUCCCCCCUGUCGGAUGCCGUGACUGCGCGGGCCAACGCUCAGGAUAAGCACAAGAAGAUUGGCCGCCAGCUGUCGGUCAACUCGAACUCCAACAACUACACCGACCUCCACCGUCAGCAGGCUGAGCGUGCCCUGAACGGGAACACCGGACUGGCUUCUCCGCCGGGUGGCCAGAAGGAAGGCUUCUUCUCCCACCUCCGCAAGCGUGCUCGCCGUCUGUCGGGACGCCACCAGACGCCCUCAUCCCCGCAAUACGAUGACCUCGAGGCUGGCGGUGCCGGCUGCGGUCCCUGGGUAGGUGGAAACCAACGGUCGUCGAUGAUCGCGGACCAGCAGCAGCAGCAGCAGCAGCACAGCUCGCAAGAUGUGUACGAGUCGUUGGACAAGACGCUGCGCAACGUGCACAGCAACCUCGACCCCCAGUCGGCAGCGGCGCUCGGAUAUCAUGCGAGCGUGACCGGCGGUCUCAAGCGCCACCACUCGGUCCCUCACCAGCAGCCCCGGUCGGUGGACAACCUGGCCGGAGCUGCCCGCGCCGGGCCCAUCUCGAGCCGGACGAGGCGUGCCCAGGCGGCGCACGGGGUGCAGCAGUACGAGGCGCCUGCCGAGGAGGACGAGCUGCUCGACGAGGUCCCGACGUCGACGCAGACGGCGACGAAGCGCAUGGACAGCCAGAAGCCCCUUCGCCAGUCGGCCAGCAACCUCGGCCUGGCUAACCCGUACCCGACGCCGUCGCCGUCGGCUAGCGGGACGCAGCUCCUGUUUGCCGACGGUGGCGAACCCCUGCAGCCCAAGCCUCUGGAUCUGCGCAAGCCCAACCACGCACACAGCAAGUGGCCUACGCCCCCCUACGAGGAGAGCGAGUGGGCGGCGUCGGCAUCGGCCAGCAUCUGGGCCGCCGGCAGCCGGUUCUAG